AUGACCCAAGAACGGCGGCCUCGACCACGGCUGCUCCCCUGCUGCCACUGCCUCAACAAGAGUCCUACAGGCAGGCUCUCCUCUCACCUGCCCUGUUACCCUAGGAUCCUCAGUAGGCUCUCCACCUGCCCUGUAACCCUAGAACCCCCCCCUCAGGCAGGCUCUCUCACCCGGCUCCCUGUUACCCCAGAUCCCCCUGCAGGCUCUCUCACCUGCCCUGGUUACCCCAGAUCCCCCCCCCUCAGGCAGGCUCUCCUCACCUGCUCUGUAACCCCAGAUCCCCAGGCCUCUCACCUGCCUGUAACCCCAGAUCCCCCUCAGGCAGGCUCUCCUCACCCGCUCUGUAACCCCAGACCCCCUCAGGCAGGCCUCACCCGGCCCUGUUACCCCAGAUCCCCCUCAGGCAGGCUCUCUCACCCGCCCUGUAACCCUAGAUCCUCAGGCAGGCUCUCUCACCUGCUCUGUAACCCCAGAUCCCCCUCAGGCUCUCUCACCUGCUCUGUAACCCAGAUCCCAGCCCUCUCACCUGCCCCUGGUGCCCCAGAGAUCCCCCUCAGGCAGGCCUCCACCUGCCCUGUAACCCCAGAUCCCCCAGGCCUCCCACCUGCUCUAUCGCCCUUCAGGCAGGCUCUCACCUGCCCUGUUACCCCAGAUCCCCCCUUGCAGGCUUCUCUCACCCAUUCUGUAACCCCAGAUCCCUUCAGGCAGGCUCUUCACCUGCCCUGUUACUCCCUAGGAUCCCCCUCAGGCAGGCUCUCUCACCUGCCCUGUAACCCCAGAUCCCCCCUCAGGCAGGCUCUCACCUGCCCUGCAACCCCAGAUCCCCCCUCAGGUAGGCUCUCACCCGCCCCUGUAACCCCAGAUCCCUCCUCAGGCUCACCCGUCUCAACCCCAGACCCCUCAGGCUCUCACCUGCUCUGUAACCCCAGAUCCUCAGGUAGGCCUCCUCACCUGUUCUGUAACCUCCAGAUCCCCCUCAGGCAGGCUCUCUCACCUGCUCCUGUAACCCCAGAUCCCCAGGCAGGCUCUCUCACCCGCCCUGUAACCUCCCCAGAUCCCCCCUCAGGCAGGCCUCUCCCACCCGGCCCUGUAACCCCAGAUCCCCCCCUCAGGCAGGCUCUCACCCGCCCUGUAACUCUAGAUCUCUUCCAGGCAGGGCUCUCUCACCUGCCCCAACCCAAGAUCCCCUUCCAGGCAGGCCUUCCUCUCACCUGCCCUGUUACCCCUAGGAUCCCCCUCAG